AUGGUUCAAGACCCAGCCUCAGAUGGGUUCCUCCACCAUACAAGCCUCAAGACCCAGCCUCAGAUGGGUUCCUCCACCAUACAAGCCUCAAGACCCAGCCUCAGAUGGGUUCCUCCACCAUACAAGCCUCAAGACCCAGCCUCAGAUGGGUUCCUCCACCAUACAAGCCUCAAGACCCAGCCUCAGAUGGGUUCCUCCACCAUACAAGCCUCAAGACCCAGCCUCAGAUGGGUUCCUCCACCAUACAAGCCUCAAGACCCAGCCUCAGAUGGGUUCCUCCACCAUACAAGCCUCAGGACCCAGCCUCAGAUGGGUUCCUCCACCAUACAAGCUUCAAGAGCCAACCUCAGAUGGGUUCCUCCACCAUACAAGCUUCAAGACCCAGCCUCAGAUGGGUUCCUCCACCAUACAAGCUUCAAGACCCAGCCUCAGAUGGGUUCCUCCACCAUACAAGCUUCAAGACCCAGCCUCAGAUGGGUUCCUCCACCAUACAAGCUUCAAGACCCAGCCUCAGAUGGGUUCCUCCACCAUACAAGCCUCAAGACCCAGCCUCAGAUGGGUUCCUCCACCAUACAAGCUUCAAGACCCAGCCUCAGAUGGGUUCCUCCACCAUACAAGCCUCAAGACCCAGCCUCAGAUGGGUUCCUCCACCAUACAAGCCUCAAGACCCAGCCUCAGAUGGGUUCCUCCACCAUACAAGCCUCAAGACCCAGCCUCAGAUGGGUUCCUCCACCAUACAAGCUUCAAGACCCUGCUUCAGAUGAGUUCCUUCAACUCGACCUCAACCACAUUUGUGAUGAGCUAGUUACAUUUAAUUUUAAUUUGUCAAUCAUGCAGCCCCACACCCAUUCAGUGGGCGCCGGUGGCAACCAUUACACGAAUCAGGCAACGAGCCAUUGCAGGCAACCACCAAUAUUGCAACAACUGAAGUUAACACAAGAACAGUGUGUUCCAAGACCCAGCAACAUCCUCGUGUGGCAGGCAAAGUGUGCACCUCAAUCAGCCUCCUACAAGCCAGUCCCCAGGGCCAGGCAGGGGCCCUCCUACAAGCCAGUCCCCAGGGCCAGGCAGGGGCCCUCCUACAAGCCAGUCCCCAGGGCCAGGCAGGGGCCCUCCUACAAGCCAGUCCCCAGGGCCAGGCAGGGGCCCUCCUACAAGCCAGUCCCCCAGGGCCAGGCAAGAGCCUCCUACAAGCCAGUCCCCCAGGGCCAAGCAAGGGCCUCCUACAAGCCAGUUCCCCAGGGCCAGGCAAGGGCCUCCUACAAGCCAGGCCCCCAGGGCCAGGCAAGGGCCUCCUACAAGCCAGUCCCCCAGGGCCAGGCAAGGGCCUCCUACAAGCCAGCUCCCCAGGGCCAGGCAAGGGCCUCCUACAAGCCAGUUCCCCAGGGCCAGGCAAGGGCCUCCUACAAGCCAGUCCCCCAGGGCCAGGCAAGGGCCUCCUACAAGCCAGUUCCCCAGGGCCAGGCAAGGGCCUCCUACAAGCCAGUCCCCAGGGCCAGGCAAGGGCCUCCUACAAGCCAGUCCCCAGGGCCAGGCAAGGGCCCUCCUACAAGCCAGGCCCCCAGGGCCAGGCAGGGGCCCUCCUACAAGCCAGUCCCCAGGGCCAGGCAGGGGCCCUCCUACAAGCCAGUCCCCAGGGCCAGGCAGGGGCCCUCCUACAAGCCAGUCCCCCAGGGCCAGGCAGGGGCCCUCCUACAAGCCAGUCCCCCAGGGCCAGGCAAGGGCCUCCUACAAGCCAGUUCCCCAGGGCCAGGCAAGGGCCUCCUACAAGCCAGGCCCCCAGGGCCAGGCAGGGGCCCUCCUACAAGCCAGUCCCCCAGGGCCAGGCAGGGGCCCUCCUACAAGCCAGUCCCCCAGGGCCAGGCAAGGGCCUCCUACAAGCCAGUUCCCCAGGGCCAGGCAAGGGCCUCCUACAAGCCAGGCCCUCAGGGCCAGGCAGGGGCCCUCCUACAAGCCAGUCCCCCAGGGCCAGGCAGGGGCCCUCCUACAAGCCAGUCCCCCAGGGCCAGGCAAGGGCCUCCUACAAGCCAGUUCCCCAGGGCCAGGCAAGGGCCUCCUACAAGCCAGGCCCCCAGGGCCAGGCAGGGGCCCUCCUACAAGCCAGUCCCCCAGGGCCAGGCAAGGGCCUCCUACAAGCCAGUUCCCCAGGGCCAGGCAAGGGCCUCCUACAAGCCAGGCCCCCAGGGCCAGGCAGGGGCCCUCCUACAAGCCAGUCCCCCAGGGCCAGGCAAGGGCCUCCUACAAGCCAGUUCCCCAGGGCCAGGCAAGGGCCUCCUACAAGCCAGGCCCCCAGGGCCAGGCAGGGGCCCUCCUACAAGCCAGUACCCCAGGGCCAUGCAAGGGCCUCCUACAAGCCAGUUCCCCAGGGCCAGGCAGGGGCCCUCCUACAAGCCAGUCCCCCAGGGCCAGGCAGGGGCCCUCCUACAAGCCAGUCCCCCAGGGCCAGGCAGGGGCCCUCCUACAAGCCAGGCCCCCAGGGCCAGCCUCGUCCGUGCCUCGCGCAGCCAGCCUCGCCCGUGCCUCGUGCAGCCAGCCUCGCCCGUGCCUCGUGCAGCCAGCCUCGCCCGUGCCUCGUGCAGCCAGCCGGAAGUGGCGCGGGCCCGGGGCCAGCCGGAAGUGGCGCGGGCCCGGGGCCAGCCGGAAGUGGCGCGGGCCCGGGGCCAGCCGGAAGUGGCGCGGGCCCGGGGCCAGCCGGAAGUGGCGCGGGCCCGGGGCCAGCCGGAAGCGGCGCGGGCCCGGGGCCAGCCGGAAGCGGCGCGGGCCCGGGGGCAGCCGGAAGCGGCGCGGGCCCGGGGGCAGCCGGAAGCGGCGCGGGCCCGGGGCCAGCCGGAAGCGGCGCGGGCCCGGGGCCAGCCGGAAGCGGCGCGGGCCCGGGGCCAGCCGGAAGCGGCGCGGGCCCGGGGCCAGCCGGAAGCGGCGCGGGCCCGGGGCCAGCCGGAAGCGGCGCGGGCCCGGGGCCAGCCGGAAGCGGCGCGGGCCCGGGGCCAGCCGGAAGCGGCGCGGGCCCGGGGCCAGCCGGAAGCGGCGCGGGCCCGGGGCCAGCCGGAAGCGGCGCGGGCCCGGGGCCAGCCGGAAGCGGCGCGGGCCCGGGGCCAGCCGGAAGCGGCGCGGGCCCGGGGCCAGCCGGAAGCGGCGCGGGCCCGGGGCCAGCCGGAAGCGGCGCGGGCCCGGGGCCAGCCGGAAGCGGCGCGGGCCCGGGGCCAGCCGGAAGCGGCGCGGGCCCGGGGCCAGCCGGAAGCGGCGCGGGCCCGGGGCCAGCCGGAAGCGGCGCGGGCCCGGGGCCAGCCGGAAGCGGCGCGGGCCCGGGGCCAGCCGGAAGCGGCGCGGGCCCGGGGCCAGCCGGAAGCGGCGCGGGCCCGGGGCCAGCCGGAAGCGGCGCGGGCCCGGGGCCAGCCGGAAGCGGCGCGGGCCCGGGGCCAGCCGGAAGCGGCGCGGGCCCGGGGCCAGCCGGAAGCGGCGCGGGCCCGGGGCCAGCCGGAAGCGGCGCGGGCCCGGGGCCAGCCACGCCACUUUCAUUUUAAGAGAAUGGCCUGCUAA